AUGAAUGUAUGAAUAGAACAGUAUCUUGAUCCACCACAUGGUGGCAGUGUUGUACCAAAGGCCUGUCACGGUCAAACCAAUAGAGGAUGUGACGUAUUCUCUUUUCCUCUGUUAGUUCAAACACUGCAGCGCCGACCAGUCGCAGAUUUUAUGCUGUAUAACUGGGUAUAAUGGAGUUUGACGAAAACCUCGUAGUAGAGAGAAUCGAUGAUUUAAAGACGAUUACAACAUUGGAACCGGAACAUUUAAUGACUCUUCAUUGUGUGCAAUGCAACACGGUUCUGGCGGACUCUUUAGGGGUGUGCGGAGAGCUGAAAUGCAUGGACUGCGUCAUGUGCAUGCGAGUAACCAAUGACGUGGUUGUGAGUGGCGCUCUGGAGUCAGUUCACAAAGGGGAAAUGGCUAACUGCAUUUGCUCCAAUCUAAAAUGCCGUUCGUGCAACAGUGUCGUGGGGAAACGCAUUCACGCCGCUCCUUCGCAUCUGGUCGCUACUCGCUCCGUCUUUCUCCUGAACAAAGCCAAAAUGAGCUGUUACAUUCUGGACAGCAGCUCAAUGGUGAAGGCGUCCUCUCUCUCAUUUGAACUGAAGCCUCUUCAGGAAACUGUUGAUGAGGUAAGGCAGGAGUGUGAACAACAGCUGGACCUGAUGGCACACACCUGCAGCCAACUGGCUGACAUGAGCAUGAACAUCAGCAGUCGAAGCAAGAAGUGGUGUUCGUAAGAUGUUUGGAGUUUGUGCUGUAUGUGUGUGUGGACUGGUUCUGUCAUUGAUGCUGUAGCAUUUAGCUUUUAUAUAUAUAUAUAUAUUAUUCUGGAUGAUGUAAGGCUUUACAUGUUCUGUGUUCUUUUAAAGCUGAUUUCUUUGUAUUAAACUGAUCAUCUUUUUUUAAACAAUUUUUUCACACAAGUUCUGCUACACUUAUUUGUACUUUUCUUUUUUACAAUGAUUUUGAGUUUGAUAUCCUGAUUUCUUUUUCAAAUAUUGCAUAGCUAGUAGUAAUACGUUUGAAACUCCCUAAAAUUAAGAUUUUUUUUUUUUUAUUUCAAAAGCAUAAUCUCACCUUAAAGGGAUAAAAAAGUCCAACCUUUAUUUAAAUACAGCAAGAGUGAAAUAACACAUGAAAAGAAAGGGGAAAAAAAUAUUUUAAGAAGUUUGCCAGGACCAUUGUAAGAGAAACAGCAUCACAGGCAUUGGCCAUGUGAUGCUUUCCCAUGUUUCAACCUCGGAAAUUAAUUUUAAAAAAAUAUAUCUCCACCAAUCCCUUUACUGUAAAUGAAACAAACAUUUUAAACUUCAGUUCCAAAAUAUACUCACUGUUAAAGAACAGCAGCAAAAAGUGGCCUCUUCGUGUCCCCAUGGCGACUAUGAUACAAUAUCUUUAUCUGCCCUUUUAAAACCUAGACACAUGAUGAUCGCUAAACUUUUUUGAGUGCAUAGACUAUUUGAAAAUUUAAAUGUACUUUGUUUAAUUUGGCCAGUAAAAAAUGUGGAAAGAGCUGGAGAUGGGUGCCAGGAAUUUGGACCAUCCUGGGAGUUCUGCAAGGGGGAUUUUCAAAAAGUUUGAACAAUAAAGGUUGGAUUUUCUUUUUUUUUUAAAGUCUACUGGGUCACAAAGUAAAUGUUAGCAUUAAAUAUGGAUACAAAGGUCCAGCUUUAGUUUAUGAAUCUGAUUGAAUGACUAAAUAAAAAAAAAUCUUUGGGAUAAUUAAAUUUAAAAAAUAAGACUUGGAGUACUUUUUUGGCUUUAACUCAGUGUAUCAAAUAUGUUUUGCUGCUCAAUUUCAAAGCAUAAAGGAAACAACACAAUUCAAUUGGCACCAUGCUGCUUUUUAUUGCUUAAAUUUUUCUGAUACAGAUUUAUUUUUUUUUAUUCAUUUAUUACAAAACCAGAUAAGAGGCUCACACAUUUUAGGCAUGCCCGUUUCCUCCCUCUGGAGUGCAUAGUUCCUAUACAGCCCACCAUCUCAGUGGAAAAGUUGAGCAACAAAGUAAUUUCAGGAAUUUCACCAAGGCUUUCGUUGUUAUGUUUUCCUCAUGGGAACAAGAAUUGCAGAGCUGUACUGUAGUGGUACUGCCAGAUUGCAUGUGACACAGGAAAUAACACAGAAACUGACCAAUUCCUUCUUUUAGUGCUGUUUAUAUAUAUAUAUAUAUAUAUAUAUAUCGCAGCUAAUCGAUAAAACCGUCGGCGUUACCUUCAGUUGGAUUGGAAAAUCAUAAUACCCCUCCCCCCCCACUCCCUCUAUACUUACACUCAUUCACAUUACAAGGUUAGGUUAUUGCAUGCAAUACAAUUCAUUCGUUAUUCUGCUAAAUCAUGCAUAUUUUUUUAAACCCACAAAUUCAUACCACCUGGACGUCUACUUGCUCAUAAAUUGGGAUUAUAAAUCACCAUAAAGAACAUUACAGGGUUGCCUGAACACAGCAUUCAAGACGUGACGGUGACGAUGGGCGGUGCAAGUCGGAGAGAAAGUGCUUUUCACGCUAGCGUCGUUCGGCUAGUUCUUUUUGCUGCCACGUUUAUUCUUAAGUCUGCAACUCGCAGACGAGGAGAGGGUCUUCGUGGAUGCUACAAGAGUUCAAAUUUAAAGCCUUUUUCGUGUUCAAUAGCGACUAAAACUAAAUGAGGCUAAAAAAAUUAAGAUAAAAGGAAAUGGGUGGCUAACAUGUUGCUAGUUCAAAGGCAUAGCAAGGGAAAGGGGGGAUUUUCAAUGAGAUGUUAACACAGUCCUCUUAACACCAACUCCUGGAGCUAUAUUCAUGCAUUAUUUCAGGUUAUUGCUUCUAAAAAAUCUAAUUAAAUACAAUUAUGUGGAUUAAAAUAGAACGCUCUGAAUCCCAAAACUAUGAGGUCACUUGUACAAUUUCACGAUGACGACUGUAACUGCAUCACCUAUCUAAGAUGCCGAGUUGUGGAUUUAAGGUCCUCCUCCCAAAUCAUUUAUGUAAAGAUUGUCCCAUCUGAGACUAGGUUCUCGAAGAAAUUUUUUUGGCUCUUAUGUUAAAACUUUACAGACUACAAUGUGGUUUUAAAAACAAUACAAACAUUAACAUGUGUAGAGGUGCACCAACAGAUCCGCUUUUGGAAAAUCCAAACUCUUUCCAUUCAGCGAAUUCACCAUAAGAUACGCUUCCAUUCCAGAUGUGCUCAAAAUUUUGUUGCUAUUAUGCUAAUGAAU